CGGAUCGCGAGACGUUGUCGGUCGUGUAAUUCCUUUCUCGUGAAUGAAAAGAAAUUCGGUUGCGGGGUAUUGCAAGCUGAACGUACGCCGAAUAAUCCGUUCCUUCUUCGUGUCGACUGAAACGAGUGAGAUGCCGUCGCUGGACGAAAUGAACGUCGAAUGCCGUAUGUGCUGGACGCUGUACAUAUCAUCACCCUGCCGGCUGUGAUUUGGCAGGUCUCCUGCAGUGCGCCAUGUAGCACGGACGCGCACCAAAAUGAUGCUUUAUCGGCAGUGUCGGAAAACGAACGUGGCUACGUAGUACCAAUUUCGAACAUGGACGGUACUGGCGGUAGUGUACAGGGUGGCAUCUCUCAAUGCAUUCCUCAGGGCUACCAAUGGCAACACGUUUCCUUCGUGAAACUUCGUGAAGUGCAAAUCGUAUCAGCCGAGCUCUACGAUUGGCUCGCCCGCUUCGACCGUUUCGAUACUUCGAGUAUCGCGCUUUCGAUACGCUUCAAAUCACAGUCAAUCGUGCAGCGCGUCGCGACGUGACGGAUCGUCAAGUUCGAAGCGCGUU